AUGGUGGAUCGCAAGGCCUCCACGUCUGGAGCAUUCGACCGCUCUUCCGAUGUGGCCAAGCUGUCAACCGCUUUGGAAUCUUGGGAGUCUGGAGGGCGCGACACCAUUGCCGGUGUCUUGCUCGAGCAGACCAAGGCAGCUACGGCUGAACCUCUGAAACAGUUGAACUUGUUUAACAGCGUCAUUACGUUGUUGAGAUCGGCACUCUCGGCGGAUGUGCUCGUAGCGCUCUUCAACGACGUCUUCACAAGCAUCAACGAGAACAGCGCGUCGGAGGCGGAAGCGCUGGGAUCGGCUGUCAUCGACGCCAUAGACGAGGUCAUUCUAACGGAGAGUGACAGCAAGGAUCGCCAACCCGAGGAGUUCGACUCGGCCAUUCUCGAUCGCGCCAACAUUCUAGUCAAGGAGCUCGCCCAUGUCGUAAAUCUUGUCUCAUCUGUCGAGAACCUGUCGCCGCUGGGACUGCAUCCGACGCCUCGAGACGCUCAGCAGCUGCACCGCGGAUACAUCAAGCUGCAGACCUCGACUUACUUCAAGCAGCGAACAUCGAAUUUGCUUCGCGAGGCAUCAGAGGGCUUCUCACAUCUCAUUGUUCUAUUGACUGGGCCGCUAGUCUUCUCGAAAACCGCAAAGAGCUCCGACGAAGAGGUUCGGCAACACGCGGAAGAUGUCUGGACGCGCAUCCAGCUCAUCAUCGGAACCUUCGGUCUCGCCCCCGUUCGCGUCCUCGAUCUCAUCAUCGAGAUCGCCAGCUGUCACGUCCCGACGACUUGGCGCUUUUUCCGACACCUCAUCGGGCACUUCGCUCAGAAUGGCCCGCGACCGCUUCCGCAUUACGACACUGAAGAGGAACGGAUAACUCACGCCUUGGACGUUCUGCCUGAUGACGACAGUACUAUUGCAAAGACGCUGGGAUUCCGAUACCUUUUCUACCAAAACACCGACAACGGCCAGACACCAACAGGACUAUUGGUCCUUACCGCCCUACUGAUCAAGGAGGGUCUGGUCAAGCCUGGCCACCUUCUGCAGAAGCUCAGCCCAGACGAGAACGGCAUGGAGGACAUUCUCUCUCGAUACAAAAAUGCCAUGAACACCCGUUCGGGGCCGAGUAACGCCCUCGCAAACUCCGUGCUCGUUGACGACGAUGCCCCGGAAGGAGGCGAGGCCGCGGCAGAGGAGGAGGUGGAGCCCGAGAAGCCGAAAGCUGAGCAAAAGAUCCAGCUGCUUCGCGCGCUUCUCGCCAUAGGAGAGUCUAACAUGUCUCUCUACCUUCUGGCGAAGUACCCGUGGACAGUUGUCGCCAACCCCGCCCUCGGCCAGCUCAUCAUUCGCAACAUCGACUACUCCCUCACACCGCUCUACCGAAGAAUCGUCCGUGGUCCCGGUUACUCGGAGGUGGAGGGCCACACGCCGGAGGAAGUGGUCCAAACGCUGUACACUCCGGUACCACCAUCGACGAUCAACAAAGAGUUUGAGUUCUUCUACCCGACCUGGAUGGAUGAACUGGAGCAGUGGUCGGAAAUCGACGACAUCCACGUUCGGGGAGAGCGGUGGCUUAUCCUACUUCAAGGCCUGGGUGGACGCAACUCGUCACUGAUGAUUAAGAUCAUUCGCCUGAUGAAGCAUCAACUCAGUGAACAGCUCAUGGAGAAGGUGAAGAAUGCGGUGAUGGAGGGCAGCUCGGACAAGGAGGUAAAGGGGUUCAAGUUGAGCCUAACGGACAUCAAGCCCUGGACUGGCAUUCUCAGGAAGGUCAUCCUUCCCGCCCUGUCCGUGGCCGAUGCCGCGAGUGGUGCCUUCGACGCGGAGCUUUAUGAGCUUUUCGAACUCCUUGAUUGGGACCUGCUCUGCAGUCUCUUCGGAGAGUGGCGCGACUCGACUACCAACGCACGUGAUCGCAACAACCUUCCGCUGGCCGUUCACGCAGCCGCUCAAGCCCAGCGAGAAGUGAAGGGUGCAAUGCGACGAAUCACUGCCGCUGCUGCAAACCCGUCUGGCCCUCCAGUCCCCGCUUCUCAGGCAGCUGAGCGUGGUCCCGCCCGCGCGCUGGCCGGCAUCGCUCACUCCAAUCCUCUGGUUUUCUGGACGACAGCAAACAGCCAGACCAUGUCGUACGGGUCGGUGGGCAAUAUCGGAGAGCACAUGGUCGAGGUUGGUCGCUACACGAACAUGCUCUCGAAAGACAUCGCCGUGUUCAGUUGGGUCGACACUUUGGGUAACGUCUCCCAACUGUCUGGAAAGUCUGUCGACUAUCUUGCGACGUUUGUUGGACUUGUGAAUCGCCGCUACGCAUUCCCGCUCGACCCUAUUCUCAAGAUGAUCGCAACGCAGUUGAAGUUCACCGAUAUGGCGGCGUUCACUGUUUUGGAGAAGCUCAUGAACGGUAUGACUGGCGAGGACACUGUCGAGGAGUUUGCCAUCUCCAACGAGCAGCUCGAGUCUUACGCUGCUGGACCGGAGAUGGUGCGCGAGGCGUUCUUCGCCACGGAGAAUACCCGCGGUUCGCGAAAGCCCCUCCGUUCAGCCGAGCUUCUGGAUCAGGUGAAAAAGAGCGGCCCUCGCUUUGUUGAGGCGCUACGCUCCACUGGUCUGGCGGUGCCCAUCCUCGUUGGCCUGGCCUACACUGCCGCCGAGGCGCCGUUCCUCGACCCGGAUGCGCCUCUUCUGACCAUCCAAGGUCAGCGCGACUACACCCGCAACAUCUUCAUCCGGUUCUGCAUGUAUGUGGCGGAGGUCCUCACUCCGCAGGAGCGUAUCAACCUCAUUCCGACGUUCACCGAGCUGUCAGAGGAGAUUGGAAUCGAGCCUCAGAUGGCCUGGAUGAUUUUGCGACCGAAGCUGGCGGCUCAGGAGGACGCUCCGUCUGGAGAAGCCAUGGACGUGGACAGCCAGUCAGAGUGGUGGCCCUCUCACCUGACAGGCACCAUUCGCGAGCUUGAGGUUCUUCCUGAGUACCGACCCGUCAAGGAUGUGUUGGGAAUUUUAGCCGUCAAUGACAUCGCCUGUGCAACCAACCAGUACGACCAGGCCAGUGCUAGAAUCGCCAAGCUUCUCCGAGAAGUGUCCAAGACGUCGAGUGAGGGCAAGCGACUUCGUGCGCGCGAUGACGUGCUGCGGAAGGAGAAGGCGACAAUGGAGAAGCACGUCGAGGAGGUGCGCGGACGCCUGCAGGAGGAGUGUCGCAACUGGUUCAACUCCGACGUGGACCAGCAGCGCGAAGGUCUGAUUGCUCGCCAGCUGCACGACCAUUGCUUCUACAACCGCGCUGUCAACUCCCCUGCCGACGCUAUGUUUGUGGCUCGCUUCAUCCGCAUGGCGCACGACUUUGGUACUCCUGGAUUCUCUGCCGCUCUGGCCUAUUCGCACUUCUUCUCGACUGGCUUAUCGACGCGAAUCUACACCUGCACUGAGAACGAGGCGCGCAAUCUUGGUCGCUGCUUAUAUCUGAUGCUUGUCGAUCUUGACGCUUGGUACCUCAGCGAGAGCAAGUACAAUCUGGAGGCGCUCGGCACCGCCGAUGGCUCUGAGGCUACGCUUCCCGGCAUGCAGUACCGCACCAAAAACGCGGACACGAAGAAGACGAUGGACUACGACAGCUUCAAGAACUUCUACGCGAAGCUGCACAACAGCCUGUCGACCAGCUUGAAGGCUUGCUUGGUUUCCAACACCGAGUUCAGCCCGAAGAACGCCAUCGUUAUCGCGCUUCAGCUUCUGCCAUUCUUCCCCAUCAUGGACACCAACGCUCGGAGUAUCGAGGACUCGGUUCGCAAGCUGGUGGAGGGCAAGCUGGAGAAUAAGAUCGGCCCCGAGCAGGUCCCCGCAUUCAAGUCGUACCUCAACCAGCUUAAGACUCGCCAGACUCAACGCCCUUGUGUCUCGUACGCGGACUUCCACCCUAACGGCGCCAAGCAGUUCGCUGUCAACCAGAAGCGCCUCGCUGCCAAGCAGGCUGAGGAGAAAGCCGCUGCCGAGGCGGCCGCUGCAGCCAAGGCAGCCGAGGAGAAGGAGGAAGCGGCCAAGGCUGAAUCUGAGAAAGAUCAGGCUGCUACCGCUCCCGCCGAUACUCAGUCUUCUGCUCAGAACGACGCCAAGGCACUGCGUGAGAAACUCGAGCGGACACGUAGUGCCCGUGCUGCCGCAGCUGAGUCGAAGGCUGAGGACAGCCCCAAGGCUACGCCAGGCGACGAGCGCCGUGACGACGGCCGGAACGGCAGAGACGCUAAAGAUAUCAAGGAGCCAGAGAAGAGCACGAUGCCGCCUCCGGAGAAACCUGAAAAGCCGAUGGACGAGAAGUCAAUUGAGGAUGAGCGCAAGCGAUCUCGAGCCCGCAGGUUCGGUGGUCUUGUCGACCAACCUCCGUCGUCGCCCAUGGAUCGCCCUGGAUCGCGAGGAUCAACCCCCGUACCGCCCCGUCCUCAGCGUAGCGGAACGGAAGACAGCAGGACGAGCGAUCGCAGCCGACGACGAGAAGACGAGAGGGAGCGAGGCGACCGUGCCAGUGACCGCGACAGGCGCCGCGAUGGCCGCGACACCCGUGACGAGCGAGAUGAGCGCGACGAUCGACGUGGCGAGCGCGGUCAUCGCCGAGAGCGUGGUGAGCGUAGUGAACGCAGUGAUCGCAGCGAUCGCAGCGACCGUGGUGAUAGGAGCGACCGCGGUGAAAGAAGCGAUCGCGGCGAACGAAGUGAGCGAAGCGAGCGUGGAGAGCGACGAGGGGAGAAGAGGGAGCGGCGAGAGGAGCACGAGCGUCCUCCCCGUCGUGAGGAGCCUCGCGAAGAGCGCCGCGACGAGAGUAGUCGCCGGUCUCGACGCAAUUCUCCUGCGCGCGAACAACGCGAUGGGCGCGACAGCCUCCCGGCCAAACCCGUCACACGCAGCCCUCGUCGCCAUGAGCGGAGAGAAGAGCCAACUCGUGACCCGCGUGACCAUCGCGACCGUGAGCCUGCGAGGCACGAGCGCGACCCGCAGCGCAACGAGAAGGCCUCGACACCCCGUGGCGAGCGGCCACCAAACACCCCGCGCGGAGAGGGUCGUCCGGGUGAUGGGCAGACGCCUCGUCAGUCGGAGCGCGACACACCGCGCCAGGCCGAACCCGCUCGCCCAUCUGAGCGUGACGUUCGCCCGACACCAGACCGUCCCGAGCGCGAAGCGCCGCGUGAACUGCGCAUUAACCCCCGCGCCCGCGACACCAGCAAUGCCGGCGGCUCGCUAGCUGCGCGCAUGGGUCUGGUUGCCGAGAACGGCUCGGCUCCGGGUAGCCCGAAUAGGAAGCGGGCAUUCGACGAUGACGGCAAGGACUCACCAGACCCGAAGCGGAAGCGCAACGAGGGCGGCGACGGGCGCGACCGCGAGAGGAGGAGAGAGGAGAGGAGGGAGCCGCGUGAUCGCGGAGGCGGCGGCCGCCGGAGAAGGGGAGAGGGAGCCAACCGCGCCCUGCUGGAUAACGCUAUGAAGGCUGCCUCAGGAGGCAACGAUACCAGGCAUUAG